CAAAAAAAAAAGUACAGCAAAGCUAAGCCCUCAAACCGAACCCCUUUGCUGGCUCUUUCGGGCCCCAAGUGGCAAAAAAGAAAAGCUUAAGAUCUUAAUCCGCUCCGUGUCCAGUAGCAACACACAUUCCUUACAGCAGUUCGCUCCAUCAUCGACCAAUCGUAACGCAUACAGCUUUGAAGAUGUACGGGAGGGCCGAGGCGUGUUCAGCCAUAAAGCAGACUGGACCCAAGCCCGGAGCCGCUCACCUCUCCACUGGAGAUCACCUUCCACUUUGGGAUCAUGGCGGACAACUACAACCACAACACCACCAGCCCCACCGGAACACCCGACCCGUUCGCCACCUCCGAUGCCUCCCCCGCCCCGGGGAACGGAUCCCUAGACGGGGACCCAGGCCUCCAGACGGUCCUGGGGGCGGUCCUGACCGCCAUGCUGGGCGUGGUGGUGUUCUCCCUGGGCUGCAGCGUGGAGGCGUCCAGGCUGUGGGCCCACCUGCGCCGGCCCUGGGGCGUGCUGGUGGGGCUGGGCUGCCAGUUCGGGCUGAUGCCCCUCACGGCGUACCUGCUGGCCUCGGGCCUGGGCGUGCAGCCACUGCAGGCGGUGGCCGUCCUGGUGAUGGGCUGCUGCCCUGGGGGGGUCAUCUCCAACAUCGUCACGUACUGGCUGGAUGGAGACAUGGACCUCAGUAUCACCAUGACAGCCUGUUCCACCACACUGGCCUUGGGGCUGAUGCCGCUGUGUCUGUACGGGUACACGCACGUCUGGGAGGUGACCACACACAUCAAGAUCCCCUACUCUAAUAUGGGGUUGACUCUUCUCACCCUGGUUGUACCCGUGGCGGGUGGUGUGGCUGUAAACUACAAAUGGCCUAAAGUUGCUAAAUGUAUCCUGAAGGUGGGCUCUGUGGUUGGCAGCGUGAUGUUACUGGUGGUGGGCGUGGCCAGUGCGCUUCUGUAUCCUGGAUCCUGGCAAACUGACGGCUCGCUCGUCGUCAUAGCCGCCGUCUUCCCUCUGAUUGGCUACACUGCCGGCUUCCUCAUAGCAGUCAUCUGCAGGCAGCCAUGGCAGAGAUGCCGGACCAUCGCCAUGGAGACGGGAGCCCAGAACGUCCAGAUCAGCUCCACAGUGCUGCAGCUGUCCUUCCCUCCGGAGCAGCUGGUGGUCAUGUUCACCUUCCCCCUGAUGUACGGCUGCUCCCAGCUGCUCCACGGCCUUCUGCUGGUCUCAGUCUACCAGCUUUGGAAGCACGUCCAUCUGUGGAGAUCUGGGGAAGUCGCUGCUGGUGAGGAACUAGGGACAAUUCCCAACAGCAGAGAAAAUCUGGACGUCGCCGACCACACCAGGGAACAUCUGGAUGAUGUCAUCAACCCUGCACGCGCGGAGACUAACUCAGCGUUUGAAGAUGACACCCAUGGGCGUGACGGCCCCUCACCUCAGUCAGACCUGUACCCCGAGCAGAAUGUCAACACUAAAUCCGUGGCCAUUACGACUCAUAUUCAAGACAAUAUGUAGGCCAUGUGAUCGAACUUCUAAGAACUAUAGAAUUAUAAUAAUUGUUAUUAUAUUUUAUAUCUCGAUACGUGUUGUCAUUUAUUACCUUAAUUUGAUUUACUUGUUCAUUAAAAUACUUGACAGCUAAUCAUUUGAAAAGUAUGUAAAAUGUAGGGAGAUUUUACUUCUUUUUUUUUUAUGAUCAAUCAUAUAUAUUUUUAUGAAAACAAACUAAUUAUAUUCUUACUAUUCUAACUGACCUUUUAUUUUUAAUAAAUCCUUCCAUAUGUGGUUCAAUGUCUUGCAUAAUGACCUCUGUAUUGAUUAGCCACUCAGAGCAGGGCAGGACAGAGCAGAGGCCGAACAUUGGACGCUGCAAACCAAUUAAAGAUCUCCACCCAGUAAAGUCCGCUAGACCUUUGGCCCCAGGAGAUGUCUUGUCAUUACACCAGGACCUCCUUGGGGUAGGACCUAGGGAAACCACACAGGAAGAACAGCAGGGGAGGACAGGCAGCAUGCAUUUGAGAAUCAUUCUUGUGGCCACCAGCUUAGUUUUUGCCUUUGUGAAUGUUUCAAGAGCCCAGCUAGGGAAGUGUGAGUAUAGCGAUGUGUCCAAUUCUGUGUCUCUCUUCGUCGCUAAUUUGUUUGGGUAUUUGAAAAAAAAAAAAAAAAAAAAUUGAUAUACAUAUGUUUGUCAGUGGCAAAUCAGAAGAGCAAAGUGUGUGAUUUUAAGAGACCAUAUACACACCUGAUUGACAUCAGGUAUGCUCUGAAGUACAGUUUCUGACACUGCACAUUUCUACCCAGGUCAUUGGGUAGAAAUGUAACCUUUAUUGCAAGGUUUAAAUGACAUGACCCAUGGAUAUACUGAGAGGAAAACUCGUAAAAUCAUAGAGCCCCAUCCACAAAGGUUGAAAAAAGGUUUGACUAGGUGGAGAGAUAAAGUCACAUUUUUCAUACUUCAAUGUAUAUAUUUUAUUUAUGUGUACUUUGCUAGAGGGGUUACUAGGGUUGUAUUUUUGUUUUGAUACUCGUUUGACCCUUUCAGUGGCUGCACUAAUCCUAUUCGGAAAGCGUUAUCUCAGUGAAGUGAUUUAGACAUUUGUAAACAAAGGUUGUCUGCAUUAGUAAGCAUUAGUAAUCCCAGCUACUCGUUAUCAAUACAAUGUAUAUUAAUGAACACAUCAAAUACAUAGCAGAGACUUUAACCAAAUAAAUGAA